CUGCCUCUGCCUCUCCCUUUCCCUCUGCCUCUGCCUCUGUCCUCCCUCUGCUCCUGUGUGCAGGCACUCAACAAGUAAGUGUUCUCUCUCUGCCUCCCUCUCUUGCAAAUAAAUAAAACUUUUUAAAAAGCUUACAUAAAAUAUGAAUAACAUCUCAAUUUUAUCUGUCAUCCUUGUUUUGUUAUGAGCCAUCACUCAAACCAAACGAAGCUACUCAUUGCUGCUAAACCAAAUGAAGCACAUCCACGAAGUCCCAGCCUUUGCUCAUGGAGCUUCUGUGACCUGGACAGAGGAUACUGAAGUUUUGACCAGGCGUCCUCCACAUACUCCAAGUACCAUGCUUUCACAUUCACAUCAGCAGCCACCUGAGCUCAUGGCAUUCAGUGGAUGACGCAUGUCAGGUUAUUGCAAUUAUACAAGAGCCUCCUGAUGAAGCAGAGGAAAUUUCUUUACCAUUUCAAGAAUGUCCGCUGGGCUAAGGGUCGCCAUGAGACCUACUUGUGCUACGUGGUGAAGCGGCGGGAUAGCGCCACCUCCUUUUCACUGGACUUCGGUCACCUUCGAAACAAGUCGGGCUGCCACGUGGAGCUGCUCUUCCUCCGCUACAUCUCCGACUGGGACCUGGACCCUGGCCGGUGCUACCGCGUCACCUGGUUCACCUCCUGGAGCCCCUGUUACGACUGUGCCCGGCACGUGGCCGACUUUCUGAGAGGGUACCCCAACCUCAGCCUGAGGAUCUUCACCGCGCGCCUCUACUUCUGCGAGGACCGCAAGGCUGAGCCCGAGGGGCUGCGGCGGCUGCACCGCGCGGGGGUCCAGAUCGCCAUCAUGACCUUCAAAGAUUAUUUUUAUUGCUGGAAUACUUUUGUGGAAAAUCGUGAAAAAACUUUCAAAGCCUGGGAGGGGUUGCACGAAAAUUCCGUCCGACUAUCCAGACAGCUUCGACGCAUUCUGUUGCCCCUGUAUGAGGUUGAUGACUUACGAGAUGCAUUUCGUACUUUGGGACUUUGAUAUCAUCCUCCAAGAAAUGUCACAUAGGAUGAACCAUCUCUGAAGACAGUGGGUAAAAAGACAAUCUUGCAAGCAUUCUGUUUUUCUUCAACUCU